AGGAGCGAGCGAGAGCAAAGCGACGCGCACGCAGACGAACGAGAGCGGCGGCUGCGGGUCUCUCCCGAGCGUCGUCGUCGUCGUCCUCCUCCUCCGCACCCCCGCACCCCCGCGAUCCAGCCGCCCCGGCUCGGGGAGACCCGGUGGGGACUGAGCCGUCCGUGCGGCUCCCGGCGGCCCGGGGAGCCAUGUUGAGCGGGGGGCUCGGCCACGCGUGAGGCGGCCGGCGGCCCUCGCGGAGCGGAAGGCGCGAGGAGGAGGCGGAGGGCGCGCAGGGAGGAGGAGGGGGGUGGUGGUGGUGGAAGGCGGAGAGGCCUGAGCCGGAGGCGCCUCCUCUGCGCGGCCGCCGCCACCGGACCUGCAUCCGCUCGCCCUGCGCGCCUGCCCCGGAGUCCGGGUCCCCCCGCACUUGCUGAAGUUUUCACGCUGCAUCCAGCUGGUAGGAUGAAAAAGUUCAAGAGGAGACUGUCCCUCACGCUCAGGGGAAGCCAGACGAUCGACGAGUCGCUGUCGGAGCUGGCUGAGCAGAUGACGGUGGAGGAGAGCAGCAGCAAAGACAACGAGCCUAUUGUGAAGAAUGGCAGACCUCCCACGUCCCACAGUGUACAUUCCUUCCUUCAUCAGUACACAGGGUCCUUCAAGAAGCCGCCAUUGCGAAGACCCCACAGUGUUAUCGGAGGAAGCCUUGGUUCCUUCAUGGCAAUGCCCAGAAAUGGAAGCCGAUUAGAUAUUGUUCAUGAAAACCUGAAAAUGGGAUCGGACGGCGAGAGCGACCAGGCCUCUGGGACGUCAUCUGAUGAAGUCCAGUCCCCUACAGGGGUUUGCCUCAGAAAUCGAAUACACAGACGGAUCUCAAUGGAGGACUUGAACAAGCGGCUGUCCCUGCCUGCGGACAUCAGGAUACCUGAUGGCUACCUGGAGAAGCUGCAGAUCAGCAGCCCCCCGUUCGACCAGCCCAUGAGCCGCAGGUCCAGGAGGGCUUCCUUGUCAGAAAUUGGGUUUGGGAAAAUGGAGACCUACAUCAAAUUGGAAAAGCUUGGAGAGGGAACGUAUGCAACAGUAUAUAAAGGAAGAAGUAAAUUGACAGAGAAUUUGGUCGCAUUAAAAGAGAUCCGCUUGGAACACGAAGAAGGGGCGCCCUGUACAGCUAUAAGAGAAGUCUCACUGUUAAAGGAUUUAAAACAUGCAAAUAUUGUAACCUUGCAUGACAUUGUUCACACAGAUAAAUCUUUGACUCUGGUCUUUGAGUAUCUGGACAAAGACCUGAAACAGUACAUGGAUGACUGUGGCAACAUCAUGAGUAUGCACAAUGUAAAGCUGUUCCUGUACCAGAUUCUCCGUGGCUUGGCAUAUUGCCAUAGAAGAAAGGUAUUGCAUCGGGACCUGAAACCACAGAACCUCCUCAUUAAUGAGAGAGGGGAGCUAAAGCUGGCUGACUUUGGACUAGCCAGAGCCAAGUCAGUUCCCACAAAGACCUACUCAAAUGAAGUUGUCACGCUGUGGUACCGGCCUCCAGAUGUGCUUCUCGGCUCCUCAGAGUACUCAACCCAGAUUGACAUGUGGGGAGUUGGCUGUAUUUUCUUUGAAAUGGCUUCUGGAAGACCACUGUUUCCAGGGUCAACCGUGGAAGAUGAACUGCACUUAAUAUUUCGACUACUAGGAACUCCAUCUCAGGAAACUUGGCCAGGUGUUUCUUCAAAUGAUGAAUUCAAGAACUACAACUUCCCCAAAUAUAAGGCACAACCUCUAAUUAACCACGCACCCAGGUUAGACUCUGAAGGAAUUGAGUUGAUAACAAAAUUUCUUCAGUAUGAGUCUAAGAAGAGGGUUCCAGCGGAAGAGGCCAUGAAACAUGUGUACUUCAGAAGUCUGGGACCGAGAAUACAUGCUUUGCCAGAAAGCGUAUCAAUAUUCAGUUUGAAAGAGAUUCAGUUGCAAAAGGACCCGGGUUUUCGAAAUUCUUCCUAUCCAGAGACAGGACACGGGAAGAACAGAAGACAGAGCAUGCUCUUUUAAGUCUGGUAACAUGGUUUCAAGCCCAGCCCCAGCCUUUCUUAGCAGUCAUGGACUCAGAGCUGAAGGCAGUUAUUUCUUGUGCUGGACUUGGAACCUCCGUUUGUCUACACUGUCCUCUUCACAGUGGAGUCUUUUUAUUGCAGACCUACAGAUUGUUUUUUAUAUUUGUUGUCACAGUGUGACAAUUUUUUUUUGUCUUGUCCAGUUGGUUUUAAGGUCGCCUCUGCCAGUAGAGCCAAUAGGUCACAGCUCUCCAUGUAACUGUCGCUGCAGAGUGUUGGGCAGGACUGAGAAACACAGUGCAUUAUUUAUUGCGGAAUCGUUGCUGCUAAAUAACUACUGUCUGUUGAUUUAACACAACAGUUGAAUGCCUGAAGAAGUUGCAGUGGCUUUAUUAUAUGUGAACGCAUCUGUUUCUCCUCACAAAGUGUUUUUACUGCUGCAUUUUUUUUUUUUGUUCGUUUGUGUUUUUAAAAAAUUAAACUGCAGUGUUUUCCUGGAAUGUACAUUUAGCUUUGCUUAGCAGUAAAAAAAAAAAAAACGUGAGCCAUCUUGAACACUCUUAAGUUCGUGCUACAUAUAAUUUCGUAGGAACGCUGGCCGAUAGCGUAGCUGAGAGAUUGGCAGCACAAUGUGUUUAAGAAGCAUGCAAUGUGAGAGUUGAGUCAAGCAGUGGAAUAUCAGACAUUUUUGGAUUCUUACAUUAGACACCAAUAAAUUAAAAACCAAGUUAUUUAUUUUUACCUAUUCCUCAUUUUAGAAAUGUCUACUGCAUAUUCGUAUGCUCCUACCCUUGGUUAACUCUUGUACACUGUGUUUUUAGUUAAAUUUUAACCAUAGAAGUCAUUCAAACAGGAAAGGCCUUGCUGCUCUUUGUUUUAAGCACAUUUCUUUUAUUAGAUGAUAAUUCAUUUUGAGGAACAGUUUCCUUCCUUCGGAGGCUGUGUGUGUUUCAGUAACAUUCACUUGGAAUCAGCUGAAAGCUGUACUAUGUCUUUAAAAUGAGCCAUGAUAAAUUAGAAAUGAGAAAUAAGAACCCAGAGGACCGCUCUAAAGCAUUGUGGGUAUUAUCUGCUCAUCAGAGACACUAACUAGUGUAACUUGAAUUAUGCAUCUCCUUGAACAUCACAGACACUUUGGUGUUGGUAACAGUGUUUUAGGCAUUUGUGUUCAUUUUUAAGGACUAUUGGUUAGUGCAUCCUAUAACUAUAAAUCUUAAUUGAUAUAUUUUGAAAUGGUCAUGUGCAUUUUUGCCUUAUAUCAUGAAAAUAGUUAUAACUUAAUUUUUUUGUCCUGCCAUUCACUGUAAACAUUCAGGGUCCUCUCAUUUCUGUUCAGGAAAUCCUGUAGUUUAUUGUUGUUAUUUAACAGUAUUAAGUGAGUUUUUGUAUAUUUCUUUUUAACUUUAUUUGUGAAUAGUGAUUGUGGCAUGUUUGGGGAUGUUAUUUUAAUAUUUCAUGAUACUGAAAUUUUAAUUUUUUUUUUUAAAAAAAAAAAAGUUCUGGAAGAAACAGAUUCAUGUAUAAUGGUGAAUAUCGGACCACUACUGCUUUUCACACCUGUCAACUGGUUUUCUGUUAAACCCUGUAGCCUAACUGCUGUUACUUCUAACUGACAGACAUAUGUAUUAAUAUUGUACUUUGAAGGUUAUAAAUAUUAUGUGAAAAUUCCUUCAUUUCGUUUUGAAAUUUAUAACUAAAUCUCUGUGUUAUAUAAAA